ACGUGACCUGCAUUCAAAAUGGCGUCAACACAGAAAACAAAACCGAGUGUUUUGGAUCGUCCUUUGAGCAAGGGCAAAUCAGAGAUCAACCUGAGCACGUUUGCUCUAUUGUUCUCUGAAAUCGUGCAAUAUUGUCAAAAUAGAGUGGCCACAGUUCCUGAACUCCAAAAUAAGUUAUCAGAGAUGGGUCAGCAUGUUGGGGUCAAAAUCUUGGACAUUAUUCUCAUUAGGGAGAGAGGCUUCAAGCGAGAAGUGAAACUUUUAAACAUGCUUCUAUUCAUCAAGUCAAAUGUUUGGAAGUCUCUGUUUGGAAAGGAAGCUGACAAACUAGAACAUGCAAAUGAUGAUGAAAAGACAUAUUACAUAAUAGAAAAAGAACCUUUAGUGAAUAAAUUCAUAUCAGUGCCUAAGGAUAAAAGUAGCCUUAAUUGUGCAGCAUUUACAGCUGGUAUCAUUGAGUCCAUUCUUAAUGGAUGUAAUUUUCCUGCAAAGGUAACAGCUCACUGGCAUAAAGGGACAACAUUUAUGAUCAAGUUUGAAGAAUCAGUUAUUAUAAGAGAUAAAGCCGUUGAAGGCAGAUAACCCUACUAGGAGGAACAUGACAAUGUCUUGGCUUAUCAUUUGCAAUCAACUGAGUGAAAUGAAAUACAGGACAAAUAUUGCAGUUGCAAUUUAAAAAGGUGGCGACGGAAGGACUCUCAUGAAGGAAUGUGUUUCUAGUGAAUGGAGCUAUUUUGGAAGUGUUCAUUGUGACUAAUUUUGUGAUAGAUUGUACUUUUCAACAAAAGAAAGGAAUUUCAAGAAAUGGGAGUGACAAGAGAAUUGAACAUUGAAAGAUAUCAGUGCUUUCCGAUGAUGUUUGUCCCUUAGGCUUCAGAAUGAGUUGAAACCAAGUAAUACUUGUAUUAUAUUUAAUGUAAGCAUUUGUAACAAAAUAAAGGAUGUUUUUGUAUAAAA